CAAAAACUGCAGCAGGUGCAUCGCUUUCUUUUUGUCUCCUCAAGCAGAGACAACAUCGAUUUAUAUUAAUAUUUGUAUCGAGUGAACGAUGGGCCAAUGCGGGAUUACGUCAUCUAAAACCGUCCUGGUUUUCCUUAAUCUCAUUUUUUGGGCGGCGGCGGGCAUUUUGUGCUACAUUGGCGCAUACGUGUUCAUCACCUACGAUGACUACGACCACUUCUUUGAGGAUGUGUACACUCUGAUCCCAGCCAUCGUCAUCAUCGCCGUGGGCACGCUCCUCUUCGUCAUUGGCCUGAUCGGCUGCUGCGCCACCAUACGUGAGAGCUCCUGUGGCCUGGCCACUUUUGCUGCCAUAUUGCUCCUGGUCUUUGUAACAGAGUGUGUGGUGGUGGUGCUGGGCUACAUCUACAGAGCAAAAGUGGAAGAUGAGGUUAACCACUCCAUCCAGAAGGUUUACAACGAGUACAACGGCACCAACAGGGAUGCUCCCAGUCGUGCUAUCGAUUAUGUGCAGAGGCAGCUGCAUUGCUGCGGUAUCCACAACUACUCGGACUGGAGGAACACUCACUGGUUCAAAGAGUCCAAAAACAACAGCGUUCCCAUCAGCUGCUGCCAGCCCAACAUCAGCAACUGCACCGGCACCCUCACCCAACCGGCAUACCUCUACCAAGAGGGUUGUGAAGCUCUGGUUGUGAAGAAGUUAAAGGAGAUCAUGAUGUAUGUCAUUUGGGCUGCGUUAACUUUUGCAUCUAUACAGAUGCUGGGCAUGCUGUGUGCUUGUGUGGUGCUCUGUAGGCGGAGUCACGACCCGGCGUACGAGCUGCUUGUCACUACCAACAGCUACGCUUGAAUAACUCUCAUGGCCGGCAUCGGAAGGCGAGCGUCACCACGUCACGGUAGAUUUCAGCAGUAGUUAUAUAUUUAAACUCAAGUAUAUAAGCUCAAGCACACCUUGCACAAUCCAAUGAAGUAGCAAACACUGGCGACGUGGUCCCUACGUGAGGAACCAUGUAUUUAUUUAUUUUAAUAUUCUUUUCCCGACACUGAUAUGCUUUAAAAAGCCAGCAUAUAAAAAAUGGCAAACGGUAUUAUUUUGUCUUUGAAAUAUAGAAAUGAUCUCAUUCAGACAGAAUGGCAAAAAAUAUUUAAAAAAUAAAAUGUAAUGGGUGCUUAUGUGCUACGUUAUGGUUGAAUGUGUGUAGGGCAAAUGUGCACUCAUGAGAAUUUAGUAGGAAAUUGAACAAAAAGUUAAUGUCUUCAUCGUGGUUGAAAUCGCAUAAAGCCCCGCAUUAAUGCGCUCUCUACAUCAUUGGCGUGCUGUGCAACCUGGGCCUUCAGUAGGGACAUACCCAACUUAAUUCACCUUUUAAUAUCACCACUAUCACACUGCAGUUAUCGAAACCAUAAGUACUAUUAAGAAAAUAAAUUUAAAAAAAUGCAAUUUAAUAGCACACAACUCUGCCACAUGCAUCAUCUAGGGGAGUCCAGGGUCAAUAUUUAUCUAAUAACAUGACCAUAAAAAACCCAUAAAUAUGUUCGUAACACAUGCUGAUAACUAAGGGGGAGAAGCUCGGUCAUUCGUGAGAAGCUCAGAGUCAAGCUGCUGCUCCUCCGCAUGGAGAGAAGCCGGAUUAGGUGGCUCGGGCAUCUGGUUAGGAUACCCCACUGGACGUCUCCCUAGUGAGGUGUUCCGUGCACAUCCCGCUGGAGAGACUACGUCUCCCAGUUGGCUUGGGAACGCCUCGGAAUCCCCCCAGAAGAGCUGGACAAAAUGGCGGGAGAGAGAGAAGUCUGGGCUUCCCUGCAUAAACUGCUGCCCCGCGACCCAAGCCUGGAAAAGCGGAAGAAGAUGGAAAUAUGGAUGGAAUGAUGAUAUUAACCAGACAUGCUGAUUAUUACAUGCAUUAAUGUGUACUUGUUUUGCUAGUCUAACUUGGUUUGCUCCAACUAUCAACUACCGGAGACACAUUCCUUGUGUGUUUUUUGGACAUACUUGGCAAAUAAAGAUGAUUCUGAUUCUGAACAACCGAUCAGAGAGUGGAGAAAUACUGAUUCACAGCUUGCUGGCCCUGCAAGGAGAAUUUUAAAAUCUGGUUGGCUGAAGGAACAGUCUCAUUGAUAAUAUAGUUUGAGUCACAUCUGCCAGCAACACUGAGUGUGAGGGCCCUGGGCAGAUUAGCUUGACAACGCAGCACAUAGAGGCUGUGAAGCCAGGCUGGGUGAGGGACACAGCACUGGCACUGGUGGAGAAAAAACGGAAUCAAAACCAGGUAUUCUCAGACAAAAAGGUAAAACAGGCGUGAAGGCCGAAGUACCACUUGUGGAAGCGGAAGUCAUCUGGCUGUUGCUGUUCGUUGAUCCGGCAGGAUCUUUAAACCCAGUUGAUUUCGGAUUGGUUGCAGGUGCGUAAGAAUGAGUAUCCCUCCAGAAGCUGCUCAGUCUGAAACAAUAAAACAAACUACAAGCAGUGUGGUGCAGGAAAUGAGCCCACAGAAAUAUGACAAGGCUGUGCCGAACCACCACAGUUUAGAAUACAUUUGAAUAAUUUUCAUGGAACAAGUAUUAGUAUUUAGGCUGUAAAUGCAGGCCAGUGCUUUUGAUAGUAUUUAGGCCAGCAGAGAUCUCCUAAAUUUUCUUUCAUUGAAGCUUCCCAAUACACUUCAAACAUGGCAGACGUACUCCACAAAGGUUAAACCAUGGCAGACAUGCUGCAGUCAAAACCCCGUAGAGUGGAAUAGCUAAAGUUAUAUACUAUAUUUAUAUAUUUUCCUGGGUUGAACUGUCACCAUCAUUAAACGUUUAAAUUGUCAUAUACCUGUAAAAACAAGUGAACUCUUAUUAUUAAUAAAGGUCCCAUAUUUGAGCUAUUACACCUCCAUAGAGUGACUCUCUAACAUGGACUUCAUAUAACGGUGUCAAUUUAAUUUCAAAAAGCACCUUUGUUGUGUCAUACGAUUGUCCAAAAAAGGUCCCUCUGAUAGCUACUUCUGUUCGACCCAGUUUUGUAUCCGUUUUGUCCAUAUCUGGCUAAGACCGCCUCCUAUCCCCUGAUUGGUUGCCUCUGUGUUGAAGACCCACUUGUGAGAGCACACACGUUUAUGUUGACAGCGCUGGCUUUGGAGCGGAGAGGUAGUGAUGUAGAUGAGUUCGAAUAACUUCGAAUGACCUGAUUUCAGGUCCUCUCUGCAGAAAAAUGUCUAGAACAUUGUGUCAUAUUUCACAUUUGCUGAGAGCCAAUAUAGCAUCCCACACACAAGAACCCCCCCCCCCCCCCUCCCCUCCCAAAAAAUAAAUAAUAAAACACUACUUUUGUGAAAAGUGUGCAAUUUUUAGCCAGUCAAACUGCCAAUAGCACUAUUAGCUAACGUUAGCAGUUAACUCAGCUGCCUGGACUUGAUCAUCUUUUCCGCCUCUGCAUCUUCACUCAUGCUUCGAAAAAUCCCUUGUUCUUCUCUUAACAACUCUUGUUGAGGCUUGUCCUUCUUUUGGAAAUGGUGUGGAAGAUGUUGAAGCUGGUUGAGAUGAAGUCCUGUGAGAUUUGUUGACAUCACAAAUGACAGCAGUUUGUGCAACGUUAGAUGCAUAUGUUUUUAAGAAAGAGAGAAAAAAAAAAAAAAAAAAAAGAAACCAACUUUCAAAGUACUUAAGUGGUUAAGGCAGACCUUGGUAACAUGGGAGUCAACGAAAAACUAAUAAUUGCAGCGUGUUGUACAAAAUCGUACUAAAUUUGAGUGAGAACACUGCAGUCUGUAUGUGGGAUAUGUUUUCUUAUGUGCUACUUUGUACAGUGAUUGGAGCUUUGGAAACAUUUUGUGGUUGGGAAAGAAAACAAAAAAAAAAGUAUUUUUUUUUUGUUAGCCCCCUCCCCCCAAAAAGCUAAUGAAAAUUUAGCAGUGAAGCAGAUACUUUAUUUUCACUGAUUUAUUUUCAUGCUGUGAAUUUAAUUCAGAAUCCGCUUCACUGUUGAGGCACUGUGUGUGUGUGUGUGUGUAUGUGUGUGUAUAUAUUUUAUAUAUAUAUAAUAUAUAUAUAUUAUAUAUAUAUAUAUAUAUAUAUAUAAUAAACAGUUGAAUCCCCAGUGUUGGAAGUGGGUGUGUAACAAAUAUUAAGCAUACCCUUGUGUUUCCGCUAUUUAGUUUGUUAGUUAUACGCCCACUGGUGGGAAUGACUUAUUUUAUAUGUAGUUAUUUUUAUGUGAAAUUGUGAUGUUUUCAUUUUCUUGGAGCUGUUACAUACGUUGGACCCAAAAUAUUUUGCUGGACCUGUGGAAAAAAAAAAUAGUAACAACAAAAUUGUGUAUAUCUUUGAACAGGAAACAAAUAAAGUCAUACAUUUCAA